CUCUAGCCUGCCUCCUUUAUCCAAGGAACUGCAUCUGGCCUUCUCCAUGGCCACGGCUGCUACCCAAUAUGUCUUCCCGCCGGUGGCCGCUGCUCGGCCUCUGCCCCUGCGUUGCUGCGGCUGCUGACAGCAGUGCCGGUGGCGACUGGCCACUCCGGCUGCUACUCUGCGUGCGCUGCUGUGAUCUCUCCUUACCGCGCAGCCGGCCCUCACCGCCACUGGGGAUCUCGCCGGCGAGAGUCUCCUCUACGGCACCCGUCGGUGGCGGCUGCUCUGCUUCAGCCUCUGCCCCUGCGUUGAGGCAGCCGUGCGGAUCUGCCGGCUGCCGGCAGCAGUCCUGCCGGUGCCUUGCGCUAAUCUUCUCCUGUCGACAGAUGCGGCUGGGCUGAUCCGCCGGCUGCCGAAAGCACUCCCGCCGGUGCCCUAAUCUGUGCCCGCGGACAGCUGCGGCUGCGCUGAUCCGCCGGCUACCAACAGCAGUCCCGCUGGCGACCGGCUACUUCGAUCCGUCUGCUGCUACUCCCUGCGACCUCUCCCUCCCGUGCUGCAGGCUCUCACCGCCACCGAGUUCUCGCCGGCCAGAGUCUCUCUGUUGCCCCCGCUGGUCAAAAAAUUCCUCAUCUGCUCUGCUCGUCUCAGAGCUCCUGAUCUGUUUUCUCGUCGCGCCUGCCUUCUCUCUUGCUUUCUCUCUCGAGUUUUUUUCUUCAGGGAUUCUCUCUCGAGUUAGUGCCCCACCCACCACCAGCAGCAAUCAGUACAACUGUACAAAGAUGCGACCUCGUGUCGUUCUCGAGUUUUUUUUUUCUCGAGUUAGUGCCCAGCCCACCCACCACAGUAGCAGUAGUCAUCCAAAAAAAAAAGGAUGUGACCUCGUCUGUUCUAUUGCGUUUUGCGUUUGAGUUGGUUUCCCGUCAAAGGAAACACUCGACUCGGGCGUGGGUGCAGGCGUCCACACGCAACUAGCCCUAAUCCCCAUCUAAAAAAAACUAAACCUCAUACCAGCCGUGGUUUAACCGAACCGGGGCCCAUAUUAAACGAUAGGAUAGAUCUGCCUCUCAUCCCCUACCCCGACACCCGAUGCUGGAUCCUUCUUGCCGGCCGGCGGCCAUAUGCUUCUGGAUCUACAUGCACUGCCUCUCAUCUCCAUGGACUAUGGUGGCCGGCAUUUUCCUCUCGUCGUUGGUUCCGUCAACAAGCCGACGGCCACGAAUUAAGUAAGUACUCAGACAUAUACAUACCGUGUCCUUUGUUGUGUAUAAAUGCGCGUAGAUCCAAACUAUCCCUUCCCUUAAGAAAAUAUACCAGAAAUUUCACAUUAACUACACGGCAUCUGUUAGUUUUUCAAUUCCUAUCUUUCUGUGGGCAUUGAUCCGUGGUAUAUACACAUAUUGGAGGCACCAUCGCUCGGGUUGUGCAACGGCCGGUGGCGAGAUCUACCUGCCCAAAUGUCUCUCGUGAUAAUUGGAUUCAAGCUCCCUCUCAAACACUGAGUUUCUAUAUAGAGACAUCCGGCCAUGAUAUUACAUUUUCAUUUAUUGGUUGCAAUAAGGUCCGGUCUUCAAACAGUAGGUAAUACUCUACUACUAUAUUUUAUUGUUGUUGCUAAUACUUGCUAGAUUUCUUCACAUUAUCCCUUUAAAUUGUUUUUGCUUUUACCUGUUUUCACUUUUGUUCUACUCUCCACUUGCCAUAGCCGGCUUUCUUUUAAUUAGCCACGAUUCAUUUUCACCUGUCGUUCAGUAGUGGCAUGUAUAACAAACAGAGGCGUGCAGUCAGCACAGAGGUAUGUUAGAUGUGUGUCCCUGUUAAUUUGUAAACUGAGUGUCCGCAUCUGGUUCCAAAUAGUUUGGUUGAAGUAAAUGUAUUAUACGUAUGCAACUUCCAUGUAAGGAUAAUUAAACUAGAAUUAGAAGUACUCACUAGUCAUUAUUAACACUAGCAAAAAUGCCUGUGCGUUGCAGGGAAAACAAUAUAUCAUGUUGCGUAAUAAUUCGAAAGCGUACAAAUUAUUGUUACAGAUAUAACAAUGUUGUUACAAAAAAGAUUGUAAAUGAGUCAAUUAUUCGCCCAUUACGGUGCAAAUGAUCUCUUAGCAGUAAAAACAACACAUCAUGUGCUUAAGACAUCACUACAUGUUAUGUUUCUUAAGAUAGGCCCAAAAAGUUGAAAAUAGUAUGUCAACAAAAUAAGAUAAAAAAAUAAUAAAGUAUAUGUUUAGUGACAAAUAUAUAAACUCAUAAAGGAAUAAAGUAUUUUUUAGUGACAAAUAUAUGAAAGUAAGAUACAUUAUAUAGUAUUAGUGCUCAUCAAUCUUCUCUCGCACAUCCCAUGAUGACUUGGGGACUACACAUGAGCAAUCAGUGGUUACCAAGCUCUCACACAUGUACUGGAUAGCAUCUUGGUCAGCUGGAGAUAAUAAGAACAGAAUGUCAAAACUUCGAAGGCAAAGAUCCAAAGAAGAAACAUACUGAACUCUUGAAACACAUCUUCUAUGCAAUUUCUUAAAUUGUUUCUCACGCAAACUUACCGUACCAAUCACUUCCUUUGACCGUAUCAUAUAUAUGCCACCUAUAGUCAUCUUCAGACGUCCAGAAUAUCUUAUCUCAGUCAGCUUGGCGUAACACACAGCCAGGACGGAUGGUUUUGGAGUCCUCUGAACCAUGCUCAUCAAGCCAUUUCUGUCCUCCACAGAUCGGAAGGCUUUCCGGGACAGGGAAAGUUCUGCAGCAAUCUUCAGUUGUUCAACCCUAGUAUCAAGGUACAACUAACAGCUUUCAGGGCAGUCAGAUCAGGACGAUCUCGAGAUUUGUUCAGAUUUGAUGGUUUCUGAUCAUGUCACACAGCCUACGUAACUCGGUGGAUCUUUUGUACUGCUUGCAAAACUAAAAGGCAUUGUGCGCAGCCAUGGCAUACAACGCUUGAAGCUUGGAGUUGUUCCUCAACACCUCCAGCGCCGUCAUGUAUGUGUCCCACAGAAACUUGAGCCAUGGAGUGUCAGAUCGGCCCUUCCCGCUGACGUAACUGAGCAUUAGGUCCUCUGGUGCUUCCAGAUCAUGGACAUUGAGAGCCUGUGCCUGGUGAUUCAUGGCCGCCUCCCCAGCUUUCUUGUUGGACAGAUGCAUGAAGUGUUUGACAACCUCCUCCAGAGUCGACACAUUGUUGAGUUCCUGCUGGCAGACGAUUCUGGAGUACUGAAUGAGGCCGUCCUUGGCGAAUCUGCCUUUCCUCAGAUCCACGCACAGCUCCAUGUACCUCUUCAUGACCUUCUCAAGAGGCUUCUGCCAUGACCAGCAUCUUUUUGACGUGAUGAGAUCGUGCAGCGCUGCAGGCGCUGCCGGCUUCUGCCCGACGUGGAUCAACUCAUCUGCUUUCUUCAGAGCGCUCGAGCAGAGGGACGCGAGGGGGUGGCGAAGGAUACGCGAGGGGGCGCGAGGGAGCAACCGAUGGCUGGCGGAGGGAGGCGAGGGGGACGUGAAGGACAGGCGAGGGGACGCGGGGAAGCGACCAACGGCUAGCGACGGAUUGGUGUUUGUGCAGGGGUUGGGGGAAAAUCAUGCUGGUGGCUCGUUCGACAACCAGGGACGAAUCCUUUUUCUCACCUAGCGGUGGCAGAAGCUUUGUAAAUUCUGCGACAUGAACCGUGGGUUUAUUUCCAUAAAAGUCAAGGACACUUUUGCAAAAACACCGCGACGGUGAACCCGACAGACUCAAUCCGUGAUUUAUUAUUAGGGAAAGAUUUUGAGUUUAAUGUUCUAUCUAUUUAUAACUAUCAAAUUUCUUUAAAACACAUCUGAGCAAAAAGUACAACAAUUAUGUUGGCGUGUAAAGUUUCGUAUCGGUUUCCUUUGCUGUUUGUCACAAAUACAAAUGUUUGUCACAAAUACAAAAUUGCAUUUAAUUGCUACUACUUGUUAUAUUUGUGUGUGCCACAUUCCAACGGGUUUUCUUUGAUUAUUUUUUGGUCUAACAUUGUAUACUGUUGUAAGUAGUAUUUUUUUUUACUAAAAUGUUAGAAAUUGAUAUCCAAAUUUAAUUGGUGUUGCUACACCCAACUCAUUUAAAAUAUUAUGUUUUUUCAGUUGGUUUCAUCUUUGAACUUAUGUCAUGUUCACGAUAAUUUCCUAGGGAAAAAUAAUAUUAUUCCUUGAUUCCUACAAAAUCCAUUUCUUGUGCGUUUGUAAGAGAUAUAGUUAUAGGCAUUCCAUUGGAUUGAAAAUGAUCUUCUUUGGCUUAACAUUAAUUUCACGGAUGCAAACAUCCAUUUGCCCUCUCGCUUCCAUAAAAUUUGAGCGGUAACAUGUUGUAAGGUGCCGAAGUGUUAGGUUUAGCUAACACACAUGAAAUUGGGGGGAAAUUGAAAUUUUGACUAAGAAUAUCAUCUUAGUUAUUCAAAUUUAAUAUUUCUAUGAAUCCUAUAAUUGUUUUCUUGAUUUACAUAGGGUUAGUGCUUUUGAUGUCCAAAACAUUACUUUUUGUGAUAUGGAGGGAGUAAUGAUCUUUGUUGUCCUUUAUUCUGAUUUCUGGAUGUCAUAGGUCUCUCCGAGCUUCGUUUGAUUCGUCUUUGUCUACCUACCUUCAACUGCACAUGACAGUCUCAAUUUUUUCUCCAUCUACUUCGUCUCUCUCGAUUCCUCCUUCCUUCAGUUUGUUUGUUCAUCGUGCUGAUUGGUUACAUAUAGUGAUGGCGGUUGGUUAUAUAUUUUAUGGCGGUGGAUGAAACAUUAUUUGGAAUACCCCGUAAAGAAACCAGCCGCACGAAGGAGAAAUAAAUCAUUGGUGAGUUUUUUUAAUUAUGGUACCUUGAGUAGGUACACAUUUGAGUUGUGGCUACCAUUUCUUCAGAUGAUAAAGUUUAUCAAUUUCCUUUUUAUAAAUAGGAUUGAGUUUAUCAGGCUAUUAGAGUUUUGUUUUCGGUCAUAAAUUUAAAUGGUAUACAAUAUAAUAUGAUUUUGACUAAUAUGAUAUAAUUUAUCUAGCUAUCGGAGUUUUACUUCGGAUCAUAGAUACGAGAUGAUAUGAUAAACCAUGAUUCUUGAUGAAUAUGAUUGAAUUUAUCUAGCCAUUGGACUUCUAUUUUUCUUUGUCACAAAAUAUGAGAUGUAAACUAUGUCUCCUAGACUAAAUAUAAGUCACAUAAUUAUGCAUGCAGCCAAAGUUUUAGAAUUUGAAUUUGUCUUCCAGAAUUUUGUUUAUAUCAUAUACCAUUUGGGAAGCUCAUCAUCAAUUCGUUGUGGUAGCAAUUUUCUUAACAAAAACAACAAGACAUCCGUGGUCAAGUUCAUUUGGAUUGGUGGUUUGUUCCUUAUGUUCUGACUUCCCUAUAUAUCAUGUUGUGAUACCGGUGUAUAAAAAAUGCAGUUAGAAGCUAACCCACCUUGUACUCCAUAAGAUCAACUCGGUAACAUGAUUUGUCCAUUAAUUUUUUUCCUCUAAAUUACCCAAUUUUAUAAAGUUUUUGUCAGUUUGACCCAUUUUCAUGUUUUACCCAUUAUUUUAGAAAGUUGCUCCAAGUAAUUGUUUGAUAAACACCCCCAAGGGUUUAGCAUGGACAACUAGACCCGAAAGCUUUGGGACCCUAUGUCGCUCCCUCGAGUGACACGGGCGCAGCACUAUCACCGCCAACCACCGCCCGUCCCUUUCCUCCUCAUCGCUGUCUACGGGUGGCACUGGGCUUGGUGGCGGUGUGGCGGCUCGCCUUCUCAUGUGCAACGCUUGAGGGGCACGAGACUCUCUGCUACGCGCGCAAAUCUUGUCCGGCGUGCAGCGGCGUGGCUGCCGCAAAUCCCCAACCCCACGACGCAGCUGCAAACCGGCAGUUGAAGUCCCUCCACCCCCCAGCCACCACUCCUGUUGCGUUGGCGCCGCUGCCUCGGCCACCGCACCACCACCAUCCCUUCUUGCACCACCGCCGCAUCCACCUCGCUGCAUCCCCGCCCAUUUAUCCACGUCCUUGCAUCGCAUCCCUGUCGUUCGCUUGCACAAGCCGCCACCUCGUCGCUGUCCAAUUUCGGCCGCCUCAUCCCCCGACGGCGUCAUAUUCCCUCGAUCUAUCAUUUUGGCCAUCUGACACCUCAUUCGGUCGCCACUCCACCGCGAAUCAACCAUUGUUGCCUCCCCAUCUUGUGUCGUCGCGCCGCCGCCGUGCAGUCAGGUCUUGGUAGUCCAUCCGCUAUGCCAUCGAGAUCUCAUGUGCCGAGUCGCGGAUGUGGCUCAUCACACACCUACGACAAGCACGAGGUCCGCACGUGCGUGUAUAACCACGCGGCUUGGAGGCUUUGUCGACCCUUCUCAUGGAGUACUUCUUAUGGGGUUUCAACAUUUUUGGUCGCUAAAAAUUGUUAAAAAUGUGAAAUGGGACUUGUGUUAUGUAUGUGUUUCAAUAGUGGGCUGCAAGGCCGGGCUGCAAGGCCCACGCCACACUCCUCUGAGUCUGCUAUAAACCCUAGAGCCAGCUACUCCUACUCAAGCCGCCGUCGUUCUUGCGCUCUCCUCUCCCAGCAAAGAGACCUCGUCAGAUCUGCUCCGCCACUCACCUCCCAGCUCUCCAGCUGCCCCGAGCUCGCGUAGUCGCUGUCCCCAGCCCACCCCACUGCUGCCUCCACCAAGUUCCCGUCCAACGGAGGUAGGUAAUGGAUGCAGAUCCAUACAAAUGGACGUACGAUUGGAUUUUCCUUCGUUUCUUGCAAUGCGGUUCUUGCUCAAGUUUCUGGUGGUGUGGGGGGCUGUCCCGUGCAGCUGCACAAUACCUGUCGUGGGUUGAUGUAGUACUUAUUUGUGUGGAGUAUUUAUCAUUCUGUGCCAUAAAUGUAACUGGAUCUGUAUUGUUUUACUUAUUAUGGAAAGAUAUAGUGUUAGGGCUUGUUCGGUUGACAGAGAAAUGGAGGGGAUUGGCAGGGAUUAAUGGGGAUUAAAUCCCCUACAAGUCAAAAUCCCCUCAAAUCAAAGCCUUAAUAAUUCCAAAUCCGUCCUUUGCUAUUGUAUAUAUAGUUUUCCAAAUUCGGAUCUGGUAGUAGCAUUAGCAGUAAACAGAUUCAUGUGAAUAUGUUAUCAUUUAUAACUGAUGGCAAUUUGUUUCAUAUGAAAUUAUGAAUAGAGAGCAUGUCUUUUGGGAUGAGGCUUGUUGCCAUGGCCAGGCGGGUUGCCGCCACCGCCACCGCCAGCGCCAGCCCAUGGGGGUUUCACCGCUACUCAUCCAGCGCUACCGGUCUCAUGCACCCACGGUUUGGACGGAUUGGCUCAGAUGGCCUUCCUGAGUCAGUUGAUUGGACAAAGCAGGGUGCUGUAACCCCAGUAUCAAGUCAAGGGGAUUGUGGAAGCUGUUGGUUGUUCGCCACUACAGCAUCCAUGGAGGGCAUUAAUGCCAUAAUGUCAAAUUGUCUUGUGAAGUUAUCAGAGCAGCAACUGCUUGACUGUGUUACCUGUUCUUCCGAUGGUUGUGAGGGAGGUCGUGUAGUUCCAGCUUUCAGGUACCUUCAUAGGAAUGGAGGGCAAGUUUUGAAUGAUGUCUACCCAUACACAGCUGAAGUGAACACUGUCCACAAAAGAGUAAUUGCACCUGCAGUAUCUAUUGACGGCUUUGCUUUUACCUAUGGUGGUACCGAAAAAAAACUGAAGGUGGCUGUAGCAUCACAGCCAGUGGUGGUUGCUUUAGGGGCAGAUAAGGCAUUUGUGGAAUAUGAUGGUGGUGUUGUGGAUAGCAAGAACUACACCUUUGCUGAACUGUCGACAACUAAGUUCAGGGGUUCAUAUAUUGGGCACUACGUUACUGUUGUAGGUUAUGGGAUAACAGAGUUUGGUGAGCUUUUUUGGCUUGUCAAAAAUUCACACGGGGUAGAUUAUGGUGAAGAUGGGUAUAUCAGGAUCGCAAGGGAAACUGGCAAGGAGGGAGGUGCUUUUGGGAUUGCCAGGUUCUUCGCGUAUCCAGUCAAGAAAAAUGGGAAGAAUAACAGAAGGUGCAUGGUGAGGUCUGAGGCUGAGCUGUAUGGUUGCAAGUGUAUUCACUGGAUAUGAUGAGCCAGAGGACACAUUGGAUGUGAUGAAAGCAAUGUGAACAUGAGAAAUGAGUUGAGCGUGCCCUGCAUGCAAGUUAUUCUUGUAAUAGCCUAGGGAGGUCGCCCGUGUAUCUUGUGGACUUAAGAAUCAUUUUGAACCUGAGAGUGCUGGGUAGGUGAAGUUCAUCGCUGCCUGUUAAUCUUAAGUGAAUUUCCUGAUGAAACCUGCUUGUUAUCUUUUAUCUCUUCGGAAGUAACAGAGCAA